AACGCAGCACAUGCCUGUUGUGAAACUGUGGGCAAAAAUGAUGCACUCACGGACUCGCUGUGGAUUUCGCUUUCACUUCCUACAAUAGUUACAUCCAGCGGGCCGUGUUCUUUUAACGGAACCGUGGGUGUUUAGAAAGUCUCACCGUGGGCAGCAACGACAGUUACCCGUGGUUUGUUCCCAGUGAACCUCCGUCUGACUGCGUGCGAUGUGACUGAUGAGCAUUAACCAUGAGUCCGAUAGAAGAAGCCAAGGUUUCGUGCCUCAGCCUCCUCACGUGCCACAGAGAGCUGCUGGUCAGCAGGCUGAGGAGCAUCCAGUGCGUCCUGGACAACCUGCAGGCGUCUCACUUCUUCUGUGAAGAAGAUGUUGAGAUUGUGCAGCGAAAUAUGACCAAGGCCGAUCAGGUGCGAAAAAUCUUGGAGUUAGUUCAAUGCAAGGGGGAGGAGGCCUGUGAAUACUUGAUCUUCAUUCUGUAUAAAGUACGCGACGCAUACGUGGACCUCCAGCCAUGGCUGAAAGAGAUUAACUACGAGCCAAGUGAAGACAUCACUGUGAUGAAAGUGGUCAACACAGAUCCUAUUAGCAGAUACUGUGAAAAGAUGAGGCAUGAGAUGAGCCGGGACACCUGCUUCAUUAUGUCGUAUGGUCGGGAAGAGGAGACCCGUCUGGAACACCUCUACACUGACACUCUGAUGGAGCUGUUGAACGAGGGAAAUGAAAGCCUGGGCUUCGUGGAGAGUCUGGACCAGCUCCUCGGAGACCACGCUGUCUUCAAUCCUCAGGGUGAAACCAUCUUCGUGAUGGGGGACGCUGGCGUGGGGAAGUCCAUCCUCCUGCAGAAGCUCCAGAACCUUUGGUCUAAGAAGGAGCUGCAGACUGACGCCGUCUUCUUCUUUAGGUUUCGCUGUCGGAUGUUCAGCGCGUUCAGCAGGAAUGCAGAGCAGAUUUCCCUCAAAGAACUUUUGUUCAAACACAACUGUUACCCAGAUCAUGAUCCAGAUAAUGAGGUGUUUGACUACAUCCUGCGUUUCCCUGAGAAGGUUAUUUUUACAUUCGACGGCUAUGAUGAGAUUCAGAAGGAUCUGAGCCCGAUCAGUGACAACGAGGUGGUGUCUCCAGAGGACAAAGCGCACCCCCUCCAGCUGCUCGUCAGCCUGCUCUGCGGAAAACUACUCAAGGGCUCCCAGAAGGUGCUGACCGCUCGGACGGGGGUCGAGCUCCAGAGCAAGGUGAUCAAGAAGAAGGUGGCCCUGCGGGGGUUCUCCCCUCAGCACCUGAACAGCUACAUCAGCCUGCAUUUUAAGGAGCAGGAGCACAGGGAGCUGGUGUCCGUCCAGCUAAAUGCCAGCCCUCACCUCUGCGGCCUGUGCUCCACCCCGCUCUUCUGCUGGAUCAUCUUCAAGAGCUUCAGGCACCUGCACCGCAUGCACGACAGUUUCCAUCUGCCCGACACCUGCGUGACGCUCACCGGCAUCUUCCUGCUGCUGUCGGAGGUGUUCCUCAGCCGAUCGGCCCCGCCCGCGCCGUCCCUGCUGAAGACGAGGGCCCGUUGUACCUCGGAGACCUUCAAAGGCGGGCUCAGGGCCCUCGCUGCGUUCGCCAGGCUGGCGCUUCAGGGUUUGGAGAGAGGCAGCUUCAUGUGCGGCCAGGAGGAGCUGACUGCAUGCGGGGUUGCAGAGGACGACGUGCCCAUGGGCUUCCUGCGACCUGUGAGUGAGCAGGACGGUACAACUCCCAACUAUGAGUUCCUCCAUGUAACCCUCCAGUGUUUCUUGGCAGCGUUCGCUCUGGUGUUGGAUGGUCAGUCUGCUCCAAACACCAUUCUCAAGUUCUUCACAGAGUGCAGCAGGAAGAACGAGCAGACUUGUUGGCCUCUGGAGUUCUGUAUAUGCAAGUCCUCAAAAGCCAGCGAAAGCAACCCGUUCGCCACCAACGAGCACCUUCAGUUCGUCAAUCUGUUCGUGUGCGGUCUACUGUCCAAGGCGCACAGCAGCCUGAUGGGGCACCUGGCCCCGCCCCCCCUGCUGAGGAACAAACGAGCCUUGCUAAAGUCCUACCUGUCCACCAGUGUCAGGUGCCACCUCAGAGGUUUGCCUCACUACAGCGGCAACGAAGGCAAAAAGGUCCACGUCCUGCCCAACUUCCUGUGGAUACUGAGGUGCGUCUUUGAGACGGGCAGCACGGACAUCGCUCGGAUGACGGCGAAGGGCAUCACGGCGGGCUCCAUCAAGCUGGGCUACUGUAACGUGUACUCCGGGGACUGCACCGCCCUCAACUUCGUGUUGCAGCACCGCCAGAAGCUUUUGGGCCUCGACAUGGACAACAACAACAUCAGUGACUAUGGGGUGAAGCAGCUGAAGCCGUCAUUUUGUAAAAUGACAGUAGUAAGACUGUGCGUCAACCACCUGUCAGACAGCAGUGUGGAGGUCCUCGCAGAGGAGCUGUGCAAACACAAAGUUGUGGAGGUUCUUGGACUUUACAACAAUCACAUCACAGAUGUUGGAGCCAAGCUAGUAGCUCAGAUUAUCGAGGAAUGCCCAAAGCUGCGUGUUGUCAAGAUUGGUAAAAACAAGCUGACUGGUGUCGGAGGGAAGUAUUUGGCCAGUGCCAUUCGGAAGAGCACCUCCAUAUUUGAUGUAGGAAUGUGGGGGAACAGCAUCGGCGAUGAAGGUGCAGAAGCCUUCGGAGCAGCGUUGAGGCAUCAUCCGAGUCUCACCAACCUCAGUCUCUCAGCAAAUGGCAUCACAUCAGAAGGCGGCAGGCGUCUGGCAGAAGCACUGAAGGAGAACAGCGUCCUCAGGAUAUUCUGGUUGGUGGAAAAUGAAAUGACCGACGAUGCAGCUCCACACUUGGCCGAGUUCAUCCAAGCAAACACAGGCUUAACCCACUUCUGGUUAAUCAACAACCACUUCACUGUGCAUGGGAUGAAACAGCUGGCAGAGGCCCUCGCCCACAACACAAACCUCAAGGAGAUAUGUGUGAAGGGAAACCAAGUGUCCGAAGAGGAAGAGGAACAGUUUGUGGCGGAGAACCGGCUGCGGUUCCACUGAGUGGGCGCUACCAUCCAAGCUGUGUGUGUGUGUGUGUGUGUGUGUGUGUGUGUGUGUGUGUGUGUGUGUGUGUGUGUGUGUCUGUGUGUGUCUGUGUGUGUGUGUGUGUCUGUGUGUCUGUGUGUGUGUCUGUGUCUGUGUGUGUGUGUGUGUGUGUGUGUGUCUGUGUGUGUGUCUGUGUGUGUGUGUGUGUGUGUGUGUGUGUCUGUGUGUGUGUCUGUGUCUGUGUGUGUGUGUGUGUGUGUGUGUGUGUGUGUGUGUGUGUGUGUGUGUGUGUGUGUGUGUGUUCUCCUCUGUCAUGGCUGACACAACAUCUACUGAUCAUGUUCAUCGCUAACAUGGACCUGAUGAACUCAGUUAUUUGCUUCUUUGUCCUUGUUUCUGUUUCAUUUUUUAAAAUGAGAAUGUUGAAAAAUUCAGUCAGUUCACUGCAUUAGUGUUACAAAUUGAGGAAGCACAAGACGUGAACUUCCUUCUCCAUGAAAAUGUUGCACACUGUAAAUUUCAGAACAUCAUGUUUUUUAUGAAUGUAUACAUUGUACAAGUAACAUUAUUGUAUUUAUUAAGGAGCAUGUUUUACACAGA